AACAAGUUAGCACUUGCGAGACUCAGAACAUAUUUCAAAUUUUAAUUCAAAUUCCUACAUUUCCUUUUUAAUGCUCAAAUCGAUAACUUCCUUCGAGUCGGAAUUUGAUAGCCAUAAACGACAAAAUUUUCGUGCCAGCCUAAUGAACGAUACACGUUGUGCAUGUGGUCGACCAAUAAAUGCAACUCGUGGAAACGCUUGUUUCACGUUCACAGGAGGGCGAACAGGUUGAGGCACCUGCGGCGGAACCACCACCACCAGAACCGACACCAACGCCAGAACCAGCGCCGACCCCUGCACCGGUUCCCGCGCCACCACCAACGGAGCCUGCACCGGCUCCUGUGCCUCCAGCACCGGCACCCUCACCAGCAUCUACAGCCGAAGGUGCUCCAGCGGCUGCUCCCCCUGCAGAAGGUGUAGUGCCGACUGAAGGAGCCGCUCCAGCGCCCGCCGAAGGCGCGCCUGUAACGGCCCCGGCAGAAGGUUCCGCACCAUCUACGGAAAGCGCCGCACCAGCGACAGAAGGAGCAGCACCCGCGGAAGGAACUGCACCCUCAGCGGAAGGUGUACCUCCCCCUGUAUCCGCUGAUGGAGCGCCACCCGUUGAAAGCGCUGCAUCCGCCACCGCUCCAGCCGAAGGUACACCUGCGGAAGGAGCUGCACCUGUCGUACCUCCAGCUGAAGGCGAAACCCCAGCACCGCCGGCAGAAGGAGUCGCCGCAGUCGCGCCAGCGGAAGGAGGACCUAUAGCUGCCGAAGGCGCUGCUCCAGCUGCUGCUGCAGCGGGAGAUGCACAACCUGCGGCUGAAGGACUCACCGCGCCCGCCGAAGGUGCCGCACUUGCGGCUGCCACGCCGGCGGAUGUGACGCCUGCAGCUCCAGCAGAAACUGCGCCCGCACCCGUCGAGACUAAGCUAAUUUUGAUAUUGCGAGUUACGGUCCGCAUCAGAGGCAGACCCGCGCUAAAGUGCGCGAGGUACAUCACGAACGCACCCGCGUCGUAACUUCAUUCGAACUGCUGCAGGCGGCGAAGAGUCACCUAGCUACAUAUUUUCCUCUUGUUGAUGUCAAAGUUUGUGGAACAUCUGCACGGAAGACAGUCAAGUACGAUGUGUAGAGCUGCGCCAUACCUCUCGACGUCGCGGCUCAUGCUUUUCUUCUCGUCCUCACAUUGUCAUCAUUUCAUCAUCACCGCUCGUCAUCGUCAUUGUUUUAAUCGCCGUCGUCAUCAUCAUCGUCACCCUCAUCCCAUCACUUCCGUCGUUCGCGUCUUACAAAUUCACCACUAGUGCAUUGGGAAAAUUCAGGCAUGCCGUGCGACGAUCUGAAGGAGAAGAAGAAAAACGCGAGGAAGACAAGAUGAAAGGGAAAGAGAGAACGAAAGAGAGAGAGAGAGAGAGAGAGAGAGAGAGAGAGAGAGAGAGAGAGAGAGGGGGGGGCGCAUAUCGCGAACACGAUAUUUUGCGCGACAAUGGACGUGGACUCGACGCGCACAGUCUCAUAUUUCAUCUCAUAUCCAUUAUAAGAAAUACGAAUCUACGUCAUUAAAAUGUCAAGCGCGCGAUGUGAUGUACUUACCCGACGGAGUCGUGAUUGCUGAUCGAAAUUGUGAGUUAUACAUAUUUCAUCACACUCGUUCGUUAAAUAUAUGUAAUUUCCGCCGACUUUUUCUGUCAUACAUUUCUAUCAUACAAUGUAUGUACAAUCGGUCCAGUCAUCACGAC